CGCCGCCGCCGCCCACCUUCUGCCGCCGCCACCACAGCCACUUUCUCCUCUCUUUCCUCUACUGUCCUCGCCCUCUGUCGACUAUCAGGUGGGCCUUGACUCAGGAUGGCUGAACCCCGCCAGGACUUCACCGUGAUGGAUGAUCAUGCUGGGACGUACGGGACGGGGGAGAGGAAAGACCUCCCCUCUCAGGGGAGCUACACCCUAAUGCAAGACCACGAGGGUGACGUGGACCAGGGCUUGAAAGAGUCUCCCCUGCAGACCCCCGCUGAUGAUGGAUCUGAGGAACCGGGCUCUGAAACCUCGGAUGCUAAGAGCACGCCGACGGCAGAAGCUGAAGAAGCAGGCAUUGGAGACACCCCCAACCUGGAAGACCAAGCCGCCGGACAUGUGACUCAAGAGGAGUUGAGAGUUUCCAGCCAGCAGAGGGAGGUACCUGCGAGGCCCUUGGCCAAUGUGUUUAGCUCUCAGGAUCAGCCUGACCACGGCAGAGAAGUUUCCGGGGCGUCCGUGCUGCCUGUGGGGGAGAAACAGCCAGAGGCCCCUGUCCUAGUGGUCUCCCACCAUUCCCAGCAUCAUCCCAUCUGCCAACCGCCUUCGCCAACAGGUGGCCCUCAGGAGCCCCACCAGGAGUGGGGACCAAAACCAGGGGAUGGGGUCGAGGGGGGUCUGGCCUUUCCGAAGCCCGCCUCCCCUGGAUAUCUCCACACGGAGCCUGGGAGUGUCAAGGUUGUGCAGGAGAUCCUCCUUGGGGAGCCAGGGCACCAGAGAGGUGAGGCCGCCGACCUGGGCACCCCAGGUCUGCCCCGCCAGCACGCGCCCGGGGCCCCCAUCCUGCCUCAUGGCCCAAGGGAGGCCACACACCAGCCUUCAGGGACAGAACCAGAGGACACAGAGGGAAGUCGUCAUGACGUGGAGCUACUGGAGUACCAGCUUGUGGGAGAUCUGCUCCAGGAGGGGCCACCUCUGAAGGGGGACCAUGGCAAAGAGAGGCGGGGGGGCAAGGAUGUCGAUGAAGACCGCGAUGUGGACGAGUCCUGGCCCCAGGACUCCCCUCGCUCCCACGUCGCCCCAGGUCUGCAGAGCUCCCCAGUCCGAGGCGGGCCACCCCCCCAGACAGUUUCCAGAGGAGCCACUGGCUUGUCCGGCUUCGCAGCUGAGGGUGUCAUCCGCCUCCCUGUCGAUUUCCUCUCCAAAGUUUCCACAGAGAUCGAGGCUUCAGAGCCCCCCGGGCCCGGUGCAGGGCCCACGGCGGAAGGGCAGGACACGCCCCCUGGGUUCACCUUCCACGUGGAAAUCAAAGCCAACAUGCAGAAGGAACAGGCACGUUCAGAGGUGGAUUUGGAAGGGGCUGCACUUCCCAGCCCCCCUGGAGAGGAGCAAGAGCCCCAGGGCCCUUCUGAGGGAGAGGACACAAAAAAGUCGGACCUUCCAGAACCGUCCGAAAAGCAGCCUGCAGCUGUUCUGCCAGGGAAGCCCAUCAGCCGGGUCCCUCAACUCAAAGCUCGCAUGGUCAGUAAAGGCAGAGAUGGGACGGGAGCUGAUGACAAAAAAGCCAAGACAUCCACACCUUCCUCUGCUAAAACCCUGAAAAAUAGGCCUUGCCUUAGCCCCAAACGCCCCACUCCUGGUAGCUCAGACCCUUUGAUCAAACCCUCCAGCCCUGCCGUGUGCCCAGAGUCAUCUUCCUCUCCUAAACACGUCUCUUCUGUCACACCCCGAACUGGCAGUUCUGGAGCAAAGGAGAUGAAAGUCAAGGGGGCGGACGGUAAAGCUGGAACGAAGAUCGCCACACCCCGGGGAGCGGCCCCUCCAGGCCAGAAAGGCCAGGCCAAUGCCACCAGGAUUCCAGCGAAAACCACGCCCUCCCCAAAGACCCCACCGGGCACCGGUGAAUCUGGGAAAUCUGGGGAUCGCAGCGGCUACAGCAGCCCCGGCUCCCCGGGCACCCCCGGCAGCCGCUCCCGCACCCCGUCCCUGCCGACCCCGCCGACCCGGGAGCCCAAGAAGGUGGCGGUGGUCCGCACUCCACCCAAGUCGCCAUCUUCAGCCAAGAGCCGCCUGCAGACGGCCCCCGUCCCCAUGCCAGACCUGAAGAAUGUCAGAUCCAAGAUCGGCUCCACUGAAAACCUGAAGCACCAGCCAGGAGGCGGGAAGGUGCAGAUAAUUAAUAAGAAGCUGGAUCUUAGCAACGUCCAGUCCAAGUGUGGCUCAAAGGAUAAUAUCAAACACGUGCCAGGAGGCGGCAGUGUGCAAAUAGUGUACAAACCAGUGGACCUGAGCAAGGUGACCUCCAAGUGUGGCUCGCUAGGCAACAUCCAUCAUAAGCCAGGAGGCGGCCAGGUGGAGGUAAAAUCUGAGAAGCUGGACUUCAAGGACAGAGUCCAGUCGAAGAUCGGGUCCCUGGAUAACAUCACCCACGUCCCUGGUGGAGGGAAUAAAAAGAUCGAAACCCACAAGCUGACCUUCCGCGAGAACGCCAAAGCCAAGACAGACCACGGGGCGGAGAUCGUGUACAAGUCGCCCGUGGUGUCCGGGGACACGUCUCCGCGGCACCUCAGCAACGUGUCCUCCACGGGCAGCAUCGACAUGGUAGACUCGCCCCAGCUCGCCACGCUAGCCGACGAAGUGUCCGCCUCCCUGGCCAAGCAGGGUUUGUGAUCAGGCCCCCGGGGCGGUCAAUAAUCGUGGAGAGAAGAGAGAGAGUGUGGAAAAAAAAAGAAUAAUGAUCUGGCCCUUCGCCCUCUGCCCUCCCCCAGCUGCUCCUCACAGAUCGGUUAAUCGGUUAAUCACUUUAACCUGCUUUUGUCGCUCGGCCCUGGCUCGGGACUUCAAAAUCAGUGACGGGAAAAAGAGCAAAUUCCAGCUUUCCAAAUUGAUGGGUGGGCUGGCGAUAAUAAAAUAUUUUUAAAAACAUUUAAAAA